AAAAAUUUGGGGGGCCUUUGUAAAAUCUUGGCUUUCACCGUUUUUGUAUAACUUGAAGCUUUGGCACUAAACCCAUCAGCAUUCUUCCCCGAAAAAAGUUCCUUCAAAAACCCUACCUGUAAAACCCAUCUAACCCAGAAGGUAAUUGCAAGCUCUCAACAAGGAGAACUCGGUUUUUCUCUAAUUCAAUGGAGCUAGAGGAUAGCAUUUUAAACUUCUCUGAUGAAGACGAGAGCUUUGAGGAUGAUGAAGAUGUUAAAAUGAAUGAUAUUGAGGAAGGAGAACUAGUUGAGAAGAUCUCCAAGACUGGAUUAGAGGAAACUGGUGAUGUAUGUGCCAGCUCUGAAAAUCCUCUUCCAGGUAAAAAAAAUCGGAGACGGAGGAAGAACAAGGGAAAGAACAAAAGCAAGAGAGUUUCUUCAGGUCCAAUCACAGACAUUAACAGAUUUGUUUUGGAUGUCGGAAGACGCUUGAAAGAGAGGAAAUCUUAUCUUAUAUGGAAUGCUGUUGGUUGUCUCGGCCUAUCUGCUUUGAGUGAUCUUGUUAAAGAGGUGGAUGCAAUUCAGACUUGUGGCGGCCAGAAGACUGCUGAUGGCAGGCGUUUCCGAACAGGUGGUGGAAUAUUGUGGAGCAUCCUUAAAGUACGAGAUCCAAAUGCAUACAAAGAGAUAAUGAAGAAAGGGAAGGAGUUUGAGAAGCAGUUUAGGCAGGCUAAUCUCAAGCAAGAACCCCUCCAAAACAAAGAAGCUUCUUUGGAGAGAUCUAGUCAGACAAUAGGAGACGAGAUUACAGCCAGUUGUUCAGAUGUUUUGCUGCAGCAAGAACCUGUUGAACAGUCUAAUAGUGGAGCCAAACGUGCAUCUGUUCAUGAUAGAAUAAGGAUGCCUGUCACGUAUGAUGAUCUAUUCGAUGAAGCAACUGACGAAGGAAAGGAUUCAAAGGAUCCGUUGGCUUUAAUAAUGCCUUUGGAGAAAAGCUCAUAUGAUGUGGUGGAGGGAGGGUAUCCUAAAGGUAUAUAAAGUUUGCGCGAGUUACAAAUUACAUUCAGCUAAGACUAGGGGAUUUGAGAAAUUGAAUCAACUAAAAUUUUGCAAUCUUUUUCAGGAUAGAAGAGAAGCAAAUUAUAUUGCUUGCUAGCCUCUAUAGAUGGAUUGUGUUUUGUCUGUAAAUUCUUUUGAAUGAAACUAAGCUAAAUCAUGGCCAUAGUUAUGAAGUUUUUAACUGGUGCCUAGAGUUUCUGGAUGUUUUGAUACCCAAAAUAAUGAUAAGGUGAAAAAAUGUUCAAUUA